AUGCCCGUCGCCGUAAACGCGUCCGCAGACGGUGAUGCGGGGACCAACUCAGACGGCGUGUCGGGCCUUGAUGACACCUUCGGCGCGAUUCUCAUCUGCACGUUCCUAGGGUUCAUGCUGUUCGGACUGACGGUCCAUCAGUCAUACCAGUAUUUCAGCAUGUACUGGACGGAUUCGCGCAGGCUUAAAGUUAUGGUGGCCCUUCUUGUUUACUACUACUUAAUCACGAGCUUCUUUCAACCUGACAAGCUGGAGUACGGGACUUGGUCGAUGCGACUGACCCCGGUAUCAGCGGCUCUUGUCAUAUUAAUCGCGCAAGGGUUUUAUCUCGAACGCGUGUAUAGAAUUGGAAACCCAUAUAGAUACUUCGUAUAUGUCAUCGGCGUCUCUAUGAUGGGGUUUGCCGUUGUUUCAACUAUAGAAGCGUGGAAGGAGGAGACCUUCGAACAAUGGGAGAGCUGCGCGUGGAUGACGUCGGUGGCCUUUGCGUUCGCGGUGGCGACAGACGUGAUGCUCACUGGGAGCUUGAUCGUCUUCUUGAACCGGAGCAGAACCGGGUUUAGGCGGACCGAUUCUCUCCUCAACAUAUUGAUCGUGUACACCAUCAACACGGGUCUGCUUACGAGCGCCUUGAGCGUGAUGUGUGUGAUAUUCGCAGUGGCGAUGCCUUACAACAUGAUCUACACCGCCGUCAGCAUCCCGACUACGAAGACGUACGCCAACUCGGUUCUCGCCGUCCUGAACUCGAGGCGAUCGCUCAAGGACUCUACACUUGGCACCUCUCACGACUUCGGGUCGUUCGGGAUGAGCGCGGCGGUCGAUUUCGCGCACGCGUCCGGGGCGGAAAGCAUGCGCGGAUCCGUGAGUAUCGGGCAGACGGUCACGAAGGUCCGCGAAUCGACGCAACGAGACCUCGAGCUCUUAGCUCAGUAA